UUUGUGUGUGUCCCUUUCUCUCUUACUCCUUCCUUUCCUGCUUCCUCGCUUCCGUGCUCCGUUUCUCUGACCGGCCUUCUCCCGCAGAGCGUGGAGGUGCAGCACCACCGCGGCGGCGGCGGCGGCGGCCACGCGCCCUGCGGCUCGUCCGGCCCCGCGGCCUCGUGCGGCCGCCCCUCCACAUUCCAGGCCGGCGGCGGAGGGGGGCGCGGACCCCUCCCGGCCGCCCCCAUGAGUCGCGAGCAGCUGGAGCCUUUCCUGGCCGCCCUCGCCGCCCUGCAGGAGGAGCAGCGGCGUGGCGGCGGCGGCGGCGGCGGCUGUAGCGGCGGCGGCAGCAGCGGCGAGGCAAGUGACUCGUCGUCGUCCCUGGAUAACCUGUCGUGCGAGGUGCAGCCGCCCACCACGCCCAGGGCCUCCCUCGAGUCCCUGCAGGAGAGCCCUCCCCGCCCCUCGCGCCCUUCCGCUGCCCUCAAUCCUCCCCGCCACGCCCACGCCCCCGACGCCGCCGCGCCCGCCCUCCAGGACGCGCGCCCCCGCCCCGCCACCGCCAGGAGGGGCGUCGGAGGCGCCUCCGCGCGAAGGGCCACCUGGUGCAGCCCGGGGGGAGGCGGAGGGGGCCACCUCCACCACCCCUCGCCCCUCCACCCCGCCCCCGAGCACUCCCUCCCGCCGCCGCCGCCCGCGCCCUCGGGAGACCGCCUGCUCUUCGGCGCCACGCCGCAGGUGGCGCUCGGGCCGCACUUCGUCACCUUCCAGGUCGCAGGCGGCGGCGCUGAGGGGGGCGCGGGGGCGGCGGCGGCCAUCCUGCGGGGGGGCGAGCACCGCGGGGGCGACCCCCCCCCUGCCCCUCCAGCUGGCCAGACGCGCCUCGCAGUUCCUCGCCCCCAGCCCGGCCCCCCCGCACGGCCCCCCCUCCCUCCCCCCCCUGAAGCCCAGCCCGGACGACGCGGCGCCCCGAGGGUCCUCGCACUCAGAGGGCACCAUAGGCCCCCGCCUGGAGGUCACGUGACGGAGGGAACCCCGCUGUGUUGUUCUCUCUCAUGACCCUGGAUGACCUCUUCACUCCAGCGCCCUCUGGUGACGUCACCUACGCGUCGACGUGACGUCACUCACGCCUAUGACGUCAUCGCGGCCUCGGAGUCAGUGUCGAGUGUCGAAGAAAGAUGUAGAGGGAGAGAGGCGGUGAAAAACUUAUCAAUUCUUCUUUUUUAUUUUUUAUUUUCAUUUAUCUAUUAUUUUUGUUGUUUCCUUUUUUUUUUUUUUUUUUUUUUUUAGUAGAUUAUACUAUGGACCACUAGUCAAAAUGUUGAUGUUAUAACCUCAGAUGAUGUGUAAAAAGUGACAUAAACCAAGUGUAUUAUAUUGAUAGGUUUGACUGAAGGGUUAUGAGUGAAGUGAUGUGUCUAUUACUACUUUUUGUCUGUACUUUCUUCUUACUAUUAUCAUUAUAAUACCGAAGCACUUUAUGAAUUUUAUAAGAGAAAAAAUGAGGAUUCUAUACUGUAUAUAAUAGUGUAAAGAAACAUGUAGUAUAUUAAGGCUUGAUGAAAGGCAUAUAUAUAUAUAUACACAUAAAUAUAUAUAUCUACACAUACAUACAUACAUACAUUAAAGAAAAUGCACAUAAGGUUCUCCAAAUACUGAAUUCUAAUUAAGGAUGAACAAACUAUUAACUGAGCCUCUUUUUGAGAGAUGCAAGGUAAACAUAUAUAUAUAUAU